AUUCUCAUGACAUUCACUUCUUGAACAACGAUCCUUUAACCACCGUGUAGUAAGGUCUAGUGAAACACCUGAGCAAGAGGUUGUAACCGGUGAAGGGCUGUUACAAGUCACAAUACCAAUGGCACAUCAGGAUGACGCGCUCAGCGCGGGGACGCCCGACCCACUCCAGCUGCUGAGCAGUGCUCUCUCUGCACCGGCAGACUCAGCGGAGCAGGGAGAGCGCCUCGUGCAGCUCAGAGUUGUGCUUGAGAACAACCGCCCGAGUCUCAUUCCGAUCAUGAUAUCCAACCUGCUUCCAACGACGGCGAUGAGCGUCGACUCGGUGUUGAAGAGGUGGCUGCUGGACUUGGUGCUGUAUGCAUUGGGUAGUCAGGCGCUUGAUUAUAAUACUCGUACAGGAGUGGCAAUGGAGGUAGUGAGCCACCUUGCUGGGUUGCUCUACGGAACACAUAUCCCGAUCGUGAAGACAGUGAUAUCAUGUUUCUCUUCCAUAUACCCGCUUAUAUUUCGGGCUGUAUGUCAACCUGCGGGUAUGGCCGCUCAAAAGCAAUGGGAAAUCGUGCUCGCUGCCAAGGAUCGCAUCUUCAAACUCUUGGAUUCCCCCACUGCCCCCUUGGGCAUCAAGCUCUGCGCGCUGAAAUUCAUGCAACGUGCAAUUUUAGUACAGGGAAGAGGACCUACCGACCCAAGGUUACAAAAUAUCGCGGAUCCGAAUUUGUCCCUUGUACCCACAGGACACCCAUUCAUAUCCCCGUCUCAAUUGGAAAACGAAGGAGUGGAACUGUUGCAGAAAAUGAUAACCCUUCUGUUCAAGUCAAAUGUGGUCGAAAUCAUUUCCGCAUUAGUCAACUGCUUUGAUGCAUUUGUCCGUCUGCGUCCUGCGUUAGGAGAAGUCAUCCUCCAGACGCUGGAAGUAUGGACGCCGACUGCUCUUGCGGCCCAAUCUCCCACAUCUAUCAGGAGUGUGGAGAGAUCCAUCCGAAUACUUCUCACCCACUGGUUGCGGAGCCCUCACGGACCACCGCACACAGCGCGCGUACAUCAAAUUCUCCAGAAGCAAGCCGAAAGAAUACAGCAGGCCGCUGCAGAAGAGGACCGGCGGCAAGCUACGCUCAAGCGACCAGCACCUUCGGAGGAUGAAAACCCACAUGCUGCACAGCGACUCAGGCUAGACCCAGCCGCCGCCGCGGGGAUGGCAACGCUUGGAGAUCUAAGUGCUUUCGAUGUCAGCACCCUACCGCCUGAGAUGGUGGUUGAUCUUGUUAUAGCCAAUCUGGCCCUGGUAUCGGAGCAGGAGUUGAUGGCUGCUGUUCAGACCGUCCGCCAAGCAUUUGCCGCAGCAACAUCAUCGGUUACGUCCCAGGCUCAACCAGCAGGUGGACUCACCACGCAGGAAGCUAUGGCCUCUGCACUUGUUUCAAGAAUGGAAGACAACGAUGACGAGGACGUUGUGAUGGAGGAGGAAGAAGAAGAGGACGAUGAGGACAUGGAAUAUGAGCCUGAUAAACUGAAUGAGCAACUGAGCCUUGACCUCCCUGCAACAUCAGCCCAUGGUGUUGUGUUAGAGGCGGAUGACGAAGAUGUUCUACAGUCCCUUCGACUAGCGAACUAUGAACUGCCGCUACCAAAACCAGUCGAUCCUGACUCUCGUACAAAGAUGAUCCAGUCUGUCCUGUCACGGCUCUGGGAGAAUGGAAAGGAGACGGAGCUACAGGCUCCAGAAGAGUCCGAUGCUGAGGACAUCAAGGCCGUUGCUGGCUUACCAGCGCAUGAGUUAUGGAUGCUCACCCUUGUGCGCAUGGUCACGCGGGGUUCUACAUCAUCCGGGGAUGACUCGGUUAGUUCCAAGUCAGAAGACGAUUCCCCGCCCCCGGUCCGGACACAUCCUUCAUCCGAUGAUAUCCGGCAGCGAUUAUACGACUUCGUUCUGAGUGAUUUCCCCAAUCGGAUCAAAGUUGCUACAACGUGGUUGACAGAGGAAUGGAUUAAUGAUAAGCGACAUACUCAGGAUGAACUGUUACCGUCUGGCCAUUACGAGAAGUGGCUACGAAUGAUUGUCGAAGAACUAACUAGGGAAGUUGAUUCCAAGGAUAAAUCUCUUAACCGCUUCUUGAUGGAUGUGCCGGUUUUGCCCCCAUUCGUCUUUGGAAUGAUGCGAGAGCUGUGCGUGGUGGAGCAGCGUAUGGCAAUCGGGUUCGGCGUUCUCCGUGAGAUUGCGAUGUCGAGAGAGCCAUUACGAAAACAAGCUCUAGAAAUUGUUUUCGAUCUCACUACUCAUCCUGUGAAGGUCACACGGAAUGCAGCCAUUAUCACCACAAAACGCUGGGUACAGGACAACAGAAAGCUGGAGUCAUAUACUAGGGCAUUUGCUUCGCAGAUGCUUAAAAGAUUGUCUCUUGGAACGGCUGUAUCUAACGACGCGAACAUCAAUGGCGAACCUCCAGAUAUGGACGAGGAAUCAAAGCAUUUGAAUGCGUCUGAAACUGAAACUGCGGAGCCCAAGGCGAGCCCCGCACGUGAAAAGAACCUAGAGUAUGCGACAAGUUAUGUCCCCGAGGUGCCUGUGCCUCCAGUCGACAGAGCCUUGGUGCAACAGUAUCUCGAGUUGUACUUCGUGCUUUGCCUAACGUCCCAGGAGAUGUUGGACGAGAUCUUUGACCGCUACCCCUACAUGGACUCUUCUGUGCAGGAGGCAAUUCAGGAUUUGAUAACGAACUUGGUCAAAACCCUUGGCCAGUCCAAUGGAAAACUUUUGACGUUGUUACGGACCUUCCCCGCAGGCAGCGAAACACUUGCCUUGAGGGUGCUGAACAUUUUGACGGAAACCAGGCGACCCUCCGCUCCACUGGUGGCCUUGAUCAAAGCCAUUGUGGCUGAACGAAAUCUUGACGUCCGUUUUCUCAUGCCAAUCUUAUCUGAAAUGGAAAAGGCGGAUAUCCUACGGUACUUACCCCGUAUCGUUGCCACCCUCACUGGUCAAGCAGCCGAGAAAGCACUUGUUCGCUCCGUUUUCUCCUCGAUCGUCACUGCACCUCCGCAGACAUUCGCAACUUCUUCGAAUCAGCCACGGGCUAAACAAUCGGAGCUGCUCACCCCCGUAGAACUCAUGGUGUUACUGCACCACAUAGACAGAGAUGCGGGGUUGAAACCGACGAUCGAAGCCAUUCAGCUGUGCUUCUCUAUGACAGAUAUAUACCGUUCUGAUGUAUUAGCCGCUGUCAUCCAACAAUUAGUGGAUGAGCCAACACUUCCCACAUUGUUCAUGAGAACUGUCAUCAUGACGGUACAACGUUACAAAACACUAACUCCUUUCGUCUCGACUACUAUUCUCGCUCGGCUUAUUCCCAAGAAAGUUUGGGAACAGCCUCCACUCUGGGAUGGCUUCCUUCGCUGUGCAAAAAUGAUCGCCCCAUCCAGCUACGCCGUGCUGUUACAGCUCCCUAAAGCGCAAUUGCGAGAUGCAGUGUCGAGAGACGCAGACCUUCGUUCGGGACUGAAGGAUUUUAUGGUCAAGAGGGGCGGAAAUAACCGGGCCAGACUUGUGGAGAUAUUCGGAGAGGACGACGAAAGUGGACAUCCUAACAUUACAGGGCACACGGGCUCUUCCCCAGCACCGCCAACGCCCACCCUGCUUCCAAAUGAAAUUGGGGCGACUUAAU